CGCUCAAGGGCAGCAGAGAAAGCAGCUGAGCUGACUGUGGAUCUCAUCCGUAUCGUAUAUACGUCGUCCUGUUUGGAUCCACCGCGUUUUGCUAAUUCCCUUCGAACCGGCCGGUGGCCUUCGUUCUCCCACCAGGCCUGUCUGUCUGCUGUAUCCGCCAGAGCUUCCAUGGAUUCCACCCUCUUCAUCAUCGGCGUCAUAGGCAACAUCAUCUCAGUUCUCGUCUUCAUAUCGCCUAUCAAGACGUUCUGGAGGAUCGUGCGGGGCGGGACGACGGAGGAGUUCGAGCCGGCGCCGUACGUGUUGACGCUGCUCAACGCGCUGCUGUGGCUCUACUACGGCCUCACCAAGCCUGACGGCUUCCUCGUCGCCACCGUCAAUGGCUUUGGGGCUGUCAUGGAGGCCAUCUACGUCGUCCUCUUCAUCGUCUACGCCGCCAACCAUGCCACAAGGGUUAAGACCGCGAAGCUGGCAGCAGCGUUGGACAUCGGUGGCUUCGGAGUCGUGUUUGCGGCCACCACAUUCGCCAUCAGUGAAUUUGAAUUGAGAAUUAUGGUGAUAGGAAUGAUAUGUGCCUGCCUCAAUGUGCUCAUGUACGGGUCACCCCUUGCUUCUAUGAAAACGGUGAUCACGACAAAGAGCGUGGAGUUCAUGCCAUUCUUCCUGUCCUUCUUCCUCUUCCUCAACGGAGGCGUCUGGGCAACGUACGCGGUGCUUGACCGCGACAUCUUCCUCGGGAUCCCCAAUGGGAUAGGCUUCGUGCUUGGCACCAUCCAGCUGAUCGUCUACGCGAUCUACAUGAACAGCAAGGCCUCCCAAUGCAGCAAAGAAACAGCGUCCUCGCCUCUUCUGGCCUCCGACCGGGGAGAAGCAUCUAGCCAUGUCUGAUGAUGAGCUUCGAUCAGUGCGCGCGCUGGAGUAUAGCAUAGAAGUCUCUUGCUGUCAAAAACUUCCAAGACCAACGGUACCUACCAGCAUGCAUGCAUGCAAGAGGUUACCAAUUUUUAUUGUUUGAAAAUUCAUGUAAACUUGUGACCUCCAUGGAUUGUUUCUUUCUUUGGUAUAAGCUUCGAAGAUGUUAGAUUGUUAGCACGGUAGUUUUGCCAGAGAAGGGUGUUGUCAAUAUAAUGAAGAAAUGGUGAAAAUCCAUACAUUUGAU